GCCUCAGGGAGCCCAUGGGCUGGGUGGGCGGAGCCGGCGGUGGCAGCAGGUUAGGCCCCUACCAUCGCCCUGGGCGGGGUUUCCAGGGGCGAGGCCGGAGAGGCUGCGCGGAACCGGAGCUGGCAAGUGGAGCGAAGAGGGACAGGGACGCUCAGGAGUGCUGUCACCGACACCCAAAGCAGCCGUGUCUGGGCGGGGCGAGGAGGAGCCUGAAUGCCUCUGCUGGGGACCUCGGGGGGCAUUGGGACGAGGCCCAGAGCAGAAGGCCGGGACCCGGAGCCGCGACGGCUGCGUCUGAAGGGGCACUGGCGGGUCGCGAGUGGAGCCCAAGGAGGGUGGGACCGCCCCUGCUCCGCCUUCCCCCUCCACCCCUCCCCCCUGGAUUGCUGUCUCGGAGUCCCUGCGUCCCUCCCGUGCGCAGCUCUGGGAAUGCCAGGCUGGGGCUGGUUGUCUCGUGCGGGCGUUCCCGUUCCCGGGGAGGUCAUUUGCACCUUGAAUCACCCACUGCGAGCCCUUCCAACAGGAUUGCAGACCCGCCCGCUCCGGGCCCACCUCCUCCCUCACCAGGGCCUUUCCCGACGCAGCCCGGCCAGGCCUGGAAAAACUCCGAGCGGGAUUCCCAGCGCAGGGACGCCCACUGGAGCUCAGUGUCUCGGGCUGGAUAAGAAGGAGACCCGGCCUCGGUUCCUUCCUCGACCCUGGGGAAACACAGAGAAGGGGAGGGAUUGGGGGAGCAGGGAGGAUCCCUGGAGCUCAAGAGCGCACCAGUCGCCAGGAUGUCCCCUGCAUCCACUGCCCAAGCUACAGCGGCGUCAAUGCCUGGGCCGGCGCUGGGAGCCUGGGCCGGCGCUGGGAGCCUGGGCCUGCUCCCCUCCCGCCCCCAGAUGGAGGGCAGCCCUUCGCCUACCUUCUCCUCCCCGUGGGAUGCGGCCCGCGCAGCUCCCGCCCCAGCACGGAGACAAGGGGAGCAGGCGCGCGGAGCUCCCGGGUGCGAACCCGCCACCUGCCGCACCCUUCCCUCCCCCACUCUGCCCCUUUCCCUACCCCCACCCCACCUCCUACCCCAAACCCCGCUCGGCGUCCCACUCCCGACCCUGCUUGCCCGGGCACCUCGGGGCGUCUGCUCGCCGGCCUCGCCUCCACUUGCCCCGGCAGGCGCGCGUGGGCUCGGCGUCCCGCGCUCCCUCCUCGACCGCGCGGCUCCCGCGCUGCCGGGUUUCCUGUUCAACAAUAUAACCAGGGAGGCACCGGCGGAGAGCGCCCGGCAGAACUUCCUCCCGGACUGGGGCUGGGCUGCGGUUGCGAGAGACAAUCCCCGGUGUCCUGGCUUCCUGUCCCCUCUGGGCCGGGCCAGCGCCUGACGAGCGAAGACGCCAUCCCCUCCCCUGCCCUUCCCGGGAUCCUGGGCCACACCUGGCUGUCUCCAGGGAGGAAGAGGCCGCCGGGCUGAGACAGUGGGACUGGGGAGGGCGGGAGCCUCCCCAGUAGCUUCUCCUGGCCAGAUUGCCCUCCCACCAUCCCCCACCCCGCUCUUGAUCCUUGUGGGUUAGGGGGGCCACCCUCCAAUCCGUCCACAGGGUAAGCUCAGAACAACCUCCAGGAGUCCAGCCCCAGGAUCCUCCGCCUUGGGGGUUUUCUGUUUGGGAAUUUUCUGCCUCUCUGGACAAGCAGCCUCGCCCUGAUCUGAGCCUGCACUUACUGCAGACCUUACAAGCCCCAGCCCCAGCAGACCCCCUGCCUUCAGGGGCCCCAAGGAACAGUUGUGCCUGUGGACCUGGCUGUGUGUGCCGGGAGCUGGCUGAUUCAGGCCAGUGUUCUGGAAGGAAGAAGUGCCCACAUCCCAGGCCAUGGCCCCUCUUGACACCACCUCCUGGGGGCCCAGGGUUGGGUGGGAAGCUGAAUCUGGCCACACUCAUUCUGCAACUCCCUUACCUAUCUUUGCCUCUGCUAGGCAUUGCCCACCCGUGAGUCCCCACUUCCUCUGAGAAUCUCAGUGUGUCUGAGGCUUGGUGGCACCUUGGGACCCUCCAGGGUAGGCACACAGCAGAACUCGGCAUUGGUCUUUGCUCAGCAUCGGUCUUCAGUGCCUGACAUGCUUAGAAAAUAGUGGCUGAAGAAUCUUCUCUCCCUCCCUACCUUUUAGGUGCCUCCCCGUCUGCAGCACAGCCAGGCAGCGGCUGCAGUGGUGAUGGUCUUUGGUGGGGUCAGGCAGGUAUGAUGCCCCACUCUCUCUGCUGCUUGGCGGCUGGUAGGCCUUGGGAGCUCUGCCUUAUCUCGGCAGCUCAGCUUUUUUUCCUAUCAACGGGAUAGUAACACCCACUUCACUGGAUUAUUGGGAGGAUUAAAUGAGGUCCACUAAGCAGUGCUUACCACAUGCCCAGCGCACACAAUAUAUCAGCUAUUUUUUUUUUU